GCGCUCACGAAAUGUUCAUGUCAAAAUCAAGAAGAUUUGUUUAAACCAUGAGGCGAGGCAGCGUGGUAGGUCUCUCCCUACCUAUGAAGCUGGAAACAGAAAAAGUUUUGGAGAAGAGGGAAUUGGGAAAAGAUAACAUUAAAGAGAUAAUACCGCCCGACGGAGGAUGGGGCUGGUUCUGUGUGAUAGGAUGUGCCCUCAUGCACACCUUCCUCAUUGGCACCGAAAGAACGUUUGGCCUCCUCUACCUGGAGUUGGUUGAUAAGUUCAAUGAGAGCGCUGCCUUGACUGCAUGGGUUGGAAGCUUGACUACUGCCUUGAGGAUGGGGCUAGGGCCACUAGCAAGUCUCCUCUCCAGCCGUUUCACCUGCCGUAAAGUAACCAUGGUUGGAGGUCUGAUCUUCUUCAGUGGAGUUGUCCUGAGCUCCUUUCCACCAAACCUUUUUUAUCUAUUUUUCACGUGGGGUGUUCUAGUAGGUGUGGGUGGUGCAAUGGUGUAUACGCCAAGCUUCAUCAUUGUUGGCAAAUACUUCGACAAGCGCCGUGCUAUCGCCAAUGGGAUCUCGACGGCCGGUGGUGGAAUUGGACAGUUCACCUUUCCGCCAUUGUAUACAGCUCUUCUAGGCCACUAUGGCUACAUGGGAAGUCUGUUAGUUCUUGGUGCUAUAACACUUAAUUUAGUGAACUGUGGUGCUCUUUAUAGACCCCUGAAGCCGAUUAGAACUGUAAAUGAUGACAUUGAAGUUAUUGAACCGGAGGGUAUGUCUAGUACUAGCAAUAAACGUUACCAGUGUGUAGAAAUGCAAGAUCAAAGUCAAGGGAAGAGAGAUAAUGGGGACCACAAUGGGGAUACUGAUUCGAUUGGUAGCAUAAGACAGGAUGGGGCUCAAGAGGGAGAUGAUGGCUAUGUUGAAAUGUUCAGCAAUGACAAUGGGAAAACGAACUCUGUUGAACAUCUUGAUGAAAUAGCUGGCUCAAGCAAAGAUAAUAAUGACAAAGAGACGGAAAUUAAGGAAAACCAUGAAAAAGGUGCUCCAAUUGCCCCUGGGAUAGAUAGCGAUGAUGAAGUCGUGGAUUUGAAAGGAAAAGGUCAGAGUAAAAAAGGAUGGCAUUUAGACUGUAGCCUGCUGUGCGACCCGACAUUUGUUCUUUUUGCCUGUUUCAUUGGCUUUGGCACGCAGGCCUACGUUCCAACAAGUACAUUUGUUCCAGCUUUAGUCGUGAACGAUCGGGGAUUCACGAAAGAGGAUGCAACAAUGUUGAUUGUUGUGAUUGGGAUCGCUGACAUGUGUGGCCGGUUGGGCUCGGGGAUUAUCUUCGACAUCAAGCCAAUACAGCGGGUGCGGAGAUACAUCUACGGCCUAGCACCACUCCUACUUUGUGUCUUUUUAGCAAGUUUUCCCUUUGCCACUCUCUAUUGGCAUUUUAUCGUCAUCUCCGUCGGUUACGGUUUGAGCGUCGGGAUGUUCCUGUCGCAGAUUGCCAGCCUGCUUGCUGAUUGGUUAGGGAAAGAGAGGCUACCGAGUGCUAUUGGAUUGGCGACCUUCUUCCGUGGUGCAGGAGUUCUGGUGGGACCCGUCAUUGGAGGUUUACUCUACGAUAUAACCGGCUCGUACAACACAUCCUUUUACUACUCAGCGUCGGCAGCACUCUGUAGCGGGCUUGUUUACUUUUCAUUGGUCAUGAUGCAUCAGAUUAAACAGCGUAGACUGGAGAGAAUCGAACCAAUCAAAACAGACGCUGACGAUGGACAAAUACAUGAAUAACAAUAGUCUAUGUUGUGAUUUUCAAAUUAUUUAUAUAUUUUGUUAGUUAAAUUUGUUGUAUCAACUGUUUUUAAAGGUUUUAAAUUGGCAGCUUUCAGAUAUUGCUGUAACAGCCUUUAGAUGUUAAUCAGGGAGAUAUUUGAUGCCGGUAUGAAAUCAAUCUAAAAUUCAAUCAUUAAUUACUGUAAAAUCUGCCAGGAGCCAUCACGGCUGCUGAAUUACGAGGUUGCUUUAGUGAUAUAAGUUCCAUUGCAAGCACAUUGCAGUGAAAGUCACGAUAUUAGUAGCUCCAGACUGAGUUUCAAAUUAAUUACCGGUACUCUCAAACAAAUUUUACCAAUGCACCACUUUUCUAGUCAACACCGCUGAACGGUGCUCCAAUUUGGAUGAUGUCUCAUACUUCUUAUGAGAUGGAUGAUGAUAAAUUAGAUAAUAUUCAAUCUAUGAUUUGUCUCACUUGUC